UUGGCUGCCGCACUGCACAAUCUAACUCUGGCUCUCGAUCGCAACGGUCGCGGUUUGAGAAGCGUUUAAUAUCCACUGCGAGUACGCGCGUGUUGGCCUGUUUGCCUGUGUUCUUAUUUCCAACCAACAACUCAGGUGUGUUUGAAAGUCUGCUCAAGAUAGGACACGUACCUCUUCUGCACUCGGAUCACACAAUUCACGGCUGGACGGUCUGGUGUAUGUUACGCGAUCGCGACGUGUUCGUUCGUUCGUUGUGUGUUGUUAGCGUGUUCUAGUUCUAGCAGCGGCUGUCUCUGGUGGUAGUUACGCAUUAGAAGAAAAGCUUGCUCCGCGCACCGUUUAACCUCUAUAAACAGCUCCGGACACACGAUCGAAUAAUUCGUGACCGCGAUUCACUGGUGCAAAUUGCUCUCUCACUGAUCACACACCAUCACAGCGUUCGACCCCCCAAAAGAAAGUGUGUAUUUCUAUCGCGCGCGUUUGCUUUCCGGGCUUGUGCUUGUGUAUUCGUUCUUAUCUACCCAGCAGAGAGCCACUCUUUCUGUGUGCGUGUGCGCGCCACUGCAUCACAUUACCCUUUUAUCUCGGCAAUUGUCCGGGCUUGACAUUUCGGUCGUGCAGCAAAGCAAGCUCAGCUGGAUAGGCGUUAUCAGUGUGAGGAAAGAGAAAGAAAUUGGCAAACCCCUCACAACGAUCGAGGGAAAACUGCGCGGAGGGCUAAUGGAUAAAAUAGCAACAUAAAAAUAAAAACCAACAGUGCCUUUAGGUUGGGUUGAUCCAAAACUUGUUUCGUUUCCGCCGGAGCGCGCAAGAAAACGGGAAGUUGGCCGUGUCGCGCGAAAUAAGUGUACCAGCCAGUGUGUCCCCCCUCUAUUGCUACUACCUCUACCCCUGAGGAUAAAACGUAAUCCACUGCCUGCUCCACAGCGUACAUUACAUCUCUAUCGUCAUCGUCAUCAUCAGCAGUAGGCUGCGCACUAACGUGUUCCGGGGUCUCUUCACCGGGAGCGACAUACAUUCAUCCGCGCAAAAGAACAGAUUCUCCGUCUGCAGUUCAAUCCUACAUUAAAACCCGUAGCACACGAUGCAAACACAGCGCAAAAGUAAAGGAGGGACAGCGAUGAAGCGCGCCACGAUGCUGCUCGCCACCGUGCUGUGCAUUGGCGUGCUGCCGGCUUGCAUCUUCAGUCUCGAAAACGGACUCGCCAGGACGCCACCGAUGGGAUGGCUGUCGUGGGAGCGCUUCCGCUGCAAUACGGACUGCGAGGGUGAUCCGGAAAAUUGUAUCAGUGAGCACCUAUUCCGUACGAUGGCCGACCUGGUCGUGAGCGAAGGAUAUGCCGCCGUCGGCUACGAGUACAUCAACGUGGACGACUGCUGGCUGGAGAAGUCGCGUGGACCGCGCGGUGAGCUGGUCGCCGACCGGCGUCGCUUCCCCAGUGGCAUGAAGGCGCUGGCCAAUUACGUCCACGCCAAGGGCCUUAAAUUCGGCAUCUACGAAGACUACGGCAACUACACGUGUGCCGGCUAUCCGGGCAUUCUGGGCUUCUCGGCGAACGAUGCCGCCCAGUUCGCUUCCUGGGACGUGGACUACGUCAAGCUGGAUGGGUGCUACUCGCUGCCGAUCGACAUGGACCAUGGGUAUCCGGAGUUUGGCCGCAAUCUGAAUGCCACCGGGCGCCCGAUGAUCUACUCCUGCAGCUGGCCAGUGUAUCAGAUCUACGCCGGCAUGAAUCCCAACUACUCGUCCAUCAUUCAGCACUGCAAUCUGUGGCGCAACUAUGACGACAUCCAGGACUCGUGGGCCUCGUUGGAGAGCAUCAUCGAUUACUACGGCAACAAUCAGGAUGCCAUCAUCCCGAACGCUGGUCCAGGGCAUUGGAACGAUCCGGACAUGUUGAUCAUCGGCAACUUCGGACUCAGCUACGAACAGUCCAAAACACAGAUGGCGCUUUGGGCGAUUAUGGCUGCACCGCUGAUGAUGUCCGUUGAUCUGCGCACGAUUCGGCCCGAGUUUAAGGCGAUUCUGCAGAACCGCAAAAUUAUUGCGGUCGAUCAAGAUCCGCUCGGCAUCCAGGGGCGAAGAAUCUAUAAGCACAAGGGCAUCGAGAUCUGGUCCCGGCCGAUCACACCGAUCUACCAAACGUACUACUCGUACGCGAUCGCCUUCGUCAACCGGCGAACGGACGGCACCCCGUCGGAUGUGGCCGUGACCCUGCGCGAGCUGGGCCUCAUUUCGCCCACGGGCUACAGGGUUGAGGACCUGUACGAGGAAGUCGACUACGGAGUGCUGAGCCCCCAGACCAAGAUUAAGGUGAAGGUGAACCCAUCGGGUGUGGUGAUACUGCGGGCCGACGUUCAGCCGGAGCGUUUCUCCAAGAGACCGUACAAUCCAAUCUUCUAUCGCUAUCCUAACUAAACCACUAAUGCCCGAAUGCUAACUCCAUCCCAUCAGCAAAAGGCCCCAUUUUUUAAUGCUGUUAGAGAGGGUAGAGCAGACCAGGCGUAGAUGUCGAAAUUUGAAUAACAUAAACCCCCCGCUCGUUAGCAAAAUACAAAUAUUUGUACACGCAGACACAUACACAUCCAUCAGGCGAUAUUUCAGAAACAAGUUGUAGCAGUAUGCAAAAGCAUGGUGCGAUUUGAUAGUGAUGUAAGCAAAACACACCACAGGAACACCCUUUUUGAGGGAUAGCUUAUCGGAAGAAGCAGCAGAAAGACAACAAUCAUGUGCCAGUUUUGAUGGGAAAAAGAAACAUAAUUAAAGCCACAUACACAGUGUACUUCUGUUCGCGCUGACAGACGAAGGAAUAGACAAAAUACUGCAAUAGACCGACGACCGAGAGAAGGGUUACACCCUUUUUGCUUCAGGAGUAACCACCAACACACGGGGCGUUUAUUAGCGUAGAAUCCGAUUGUGAACUAGCUAUAGAAGAAGACGCAUAAGAGCAACCAACACGAUUCUUCUGCAGCCAACAAAACCAAAUGGUGCUUUUCAUACGAACGUGUGCUUCCGUGUACGUAGAGCGAGUAUGCUUCCCCCCUGCACCGGGUGUGCACACUUUGGGUGUAUAGUGGAAGCGCCACAGUGAUAUGAUAACGUUACACGUUACGGUUUUUUUUAUAAAACACAAGAAUUUUUCCUUCCCGCGCCCUGUCGGGAAAGUAAAACACACCCACACCACCACCACAGCACGGUUGGCUAGUGCUAGCCAAACCGGAGUCUUCCUUGCCGAAUCCCUGCCCUGUGUCCACUGUGCAGGGCGAGGGAUUUUCCAUCAGAAUCCGUGGUGUAUAAUCUUGGUACGCACAUAAGAUUAGGUUUGUACAUUGUAUAAUUUAUGAUACGGGACAGUCUGCCUCCCCCGGGAGGGUAACCGAGAGGGACGAGUGAAGUAGGUGAUGAUGUCCUUGUGUGUGUUUUUUUUUAUUUCUUUAAUAGUUUCCAAAACCAAUUAUUGAAUAAAUCAAUUUGAGAUAAUGAAUAAAUAAAUAAAACAGAUACGAAACAACAACCACA